GUGGUGGGGGUGUGGUGGGGGGCGGGGCGUGGUGAUGGUGGUGACGUUUCUUGGGUUCCCCCCUCCGUCAUUGACACUUGAAGUCCAAGAUGGCGGCCUCCGUGUGGUUUCGCCAAGCGCAGUUCGUCAAGAUGCUUCAGGUGUGCAGGGCGUCCCUUCCCAGUGCAACCGGUCAGGCCGGCUUGUCCUCCAAGCCCACUAAGCCCACCACCAGCUCCACGAAAGACGCGGGGGCCACCAAGGCCAAAGGCUCGCCCGCCACGGCUCUCGGCGGCGGCGGCAACAAGGCGGCCCCCAAGGCGGCCCCCAAGGCGACCCCCAAGGCGGCGGCCGCCGGGCCCCCUCCUCCGGCCAGCGCGGCCAGCGCCAACAUGUCCGCCCUCCAAGGCGCCACCUACGGAGAGAUCCUCCGGAAGGAAGCCAAGAAGAAGGAUCCGCAGUCGAGUAGCUCCAGCUCCGAUUCGGACCGGGAACAAAAGCCGUCCUCCCAUCCUCCACCUCGCUCUGCGUGCAAGAAGACGCCCGGCGCUCCGCCCAAGGCCGCGGUGAUUUUGGAGAAACCGACGGAAGAGACCGCCACGGCCGCCGCCGCCAAGCCGUCGAAGGCCGAGUCGGCCGAGGGCGGCGACGAAUCGAAGGCGACGACAACGGCCGACGCGCCCGAGGGCCCUGGCACGUCGGAGUCGGCCGCGGGAGUUGCCGAGGACCGCGACGGAGCCAAGAAGGCGGCCAAGAAGGCGGCCAAGAAGGCGGCCAAGAAGCGGGAGAAGGCCGAGGCCCAGGCUCCGCCGGCGAUGGGCGGACGUCCGCAAGAGGAAGGGGGAGGGCUCGGGGUCGCGGACGACGCCGCCGCGGGGGCGAUCGCCGGUGCCGCGGAGGCAUCGGCGGCGGCGGAACCGGGGUCGGGGAAGCGCGGCGACGCCGAAGAAUUGGUGGACGCGGCGCCACAAGUGGCGGCAGCGGAGGAGGAGGAGCUCGGCGACGGAGGAGGCGCGGUGACGGAGGGACGCCGGGGGGAGGUGGACAACGCCGCCGGCGUGGAGGCGAGAGGGAAGGAGGCCGGGCGGGAGGAAUUGAAGGGGGCGGAGGUGAAAGGGGAGGAAUUGAAGGGGGCGGAUGCCGAAGGGGGGGCGGCAGUCGAAGAGAUCGAGGGAGCGGAGGUGAAGGCGGUGGCGGUGGCGGCACCGGAAGAGGGCGGCCAGGCCACCGGGGAUCCGUCGGCCGGGUUGGAACCCGGCACUGGGGCAGCUUCCUCCGGAACGGAGGAGACCAUCGCUCGGGCGUCGCCGCCGGAGCCGCCGGAGCCGUUGGACAACUCGUCGUACCGCAACACGGAGCACUGGGCCUACACACCGCACACCUACGCCGACGUGGACGUGGACCUGGCAGCCUUGCGCCAACCGCAGCCGUCGUCACGCGGAUAGGCCCCUCCCUUAGCCACGCCCCCUUAGCCACGCCCCCUUAGCCACACUCCCGCCCCGCCAGCCACGCCCCCGCCCCCCCCAGUCAUACCCCUAGCCACACAUUGCGGCCAUGCUCCCCAAGCCAUACUCCCAGCCACGCCCCCUUAGUCACACGCCCCCUGAGUCACACUCCCCCCCCAGCCACGCCCCCUUAGUCACACGCCCCCUGAGUCACACUACCCCCCAGCCACGCCCCAGCCACGCCCCCUUAGUCACACUCCCCCACAGCCACGCCCCCUGAGCUCCACUCCCCGCCCCCCUCCCAGCCACUCUCACCAGCAAUGCCACAAUCUGUGCAGCAGCAACGUCAUUCAGCCAUGCCCACUUGGCCACACCCCCCCCCCCCAGCAAACCCUCCAGCCUCCCCUCCCCCAGCGACCCCCUCAGCCUCCCCCCCCCAGCCUCCCCUCCCCCAGCGACCCCCCCUACAAGAUCUGACCAACCCACAAUGUGAGUCUCCCAGGGACUCCCAUUGGGUCUCCCCCCCCCCCCCCCUGCUCCCUACAUAUUGUAAUGUUCUGAUGAGGAGUCCGAGUAACCCUGUAACUAAUGUAAUUAAAGAGAAUUGUCAUCCAC